AUGACGACAUCGUAGUAUAGCGACGUCAAUUGACCAGUAGAGGGAUUACGGUGACAUUCGAUCCCUUUAAACUUUGCAGCGACUAUUUGUUUUCCCUUUACGCGUUUUAACUAUGAGCUGCGGAUUCGUAACUUGCGGCCCGAACGAGGCACUCGUGGUGUCAGGAUGCUGCUACAGCAAGCCUCUGUUGGUGCCUGGCGGCAGAGUAUUUGUCUGGCCUAUCGUCCAGCAAGUACAAAAAAUUUCAUUAAAUACUAUGACUUUACAAGUAGAAAGUCCAACGGUAUAUACGUGCCAAGGAGUACCGAUAUCGGUGACAGGAAUUGCACAGGUGAAGAUACAAGGACAGAACGAAGAGAUGUUAUCCACGGCGUGUGAACAAUUUCUUGGCAAGACCGAAGAAGAAAUCCAUAAUAUCGCGCUUGUAACUUUAGAAGGACACCAGAGAGCAAUAAUGGGAAGCAUGACUGUAGAGGAGAUAUACAAAGAUCGUAAAAAAUUUAGCAAAGAAGUAUUCGAGGUGGCAAGUAGCGACCUGGUCAACAUGGGCAUUACCGUUGUGUCGUACACGUUAAAAGAUAUUCGAGACGAGGAAGGGGCAAAGGGAUACCUGAAAGCUCUCGGUAUGGCACGAACGGCUGAAGUGAAGCGCGACGCGAGAAUCGGAGAGGCAGAAGCUCGUAGAGAUGCUCAGAUCCGCGAAGCUAUUGCCGAGGAGCAGAGGAUGGCUGCGCGUUUCCUCAACGACACAGACAUCGCUAAGGCGCAAAGAGAUUUCGAGUUGAAGAAGGCAGCGUACGACGUCGAAGUGCAAACCAAAAAAGCGGAAGCGGAAAUGGCAUACGAAUUGCAAGCUGCGAAGACUAAGCAAAGAAUCAUGGAAGAACAGAUGCAGAUAAAAGUGGUAGAACGUGGACAAGAAAUUGCUGUUCAAGAACAGGAGAUGAUGAGACGCGAAAGGGAAUUGGAUGCGACCGUGCGACGUCCAGCCGACGCUGAGAAAUAUAGAUUAGAGAAGAUGGCCGAAGCUAACAAAAUGCGUCAGGUAAUGGAGGCUGAAGCCGAGGCAGAAGCCAUCAAAAUUCGCGGAGAUGCAGAAGCCUUCGCCAUUGAGACGAAGGCCAAGGCAGAGGCGGAGCAAAUGGCAAAGAAAGCUGCUGCGUGGAACGAAUACAAGAGUGCUGCUAUGAUCGAUAUGAUGCUCGAUACUCUUCCAAAGGUCGCAGCCGAGGUCGCGGCACCUCUUUCGCAGGCGAAGAAGAUCACGAUGGUUUCCAGCGGAAAUGGAAACAUCGGAGCAGAAAAACUGACGGAAGAAGUGCUUAACAUAGUUACACGCGUACCAGAAUUGGUGAAGAAUUUAACAGGCGUGGACAUUGCAAAGUCUGUUCACGCUGGUUAAGGAGAUGGUACGUGAGUUUUAUGCUGUCUGACCACGUUCAUAAGAUAUUUAACGAGUCUUUGAUACACACGUUUAUUUCGAUAUGCUGUUGCAUAUUAGAAUCAAUUUGAUAAGUUUUAACUUCGAUGACGUUUCGUUGAAUAAAACGUUCGGUACUUUCACUGCCAAUUAACAAAAUAUGAACAGAUUUCGAUUAGCGUCAAUUUUAAAUGGAUAUUUUCUUAAAAAGAAGUAUAUAUUCAAAUUGGUGUAAUCGGAAAUAGAUUGUAAAUUCGUUCGCACAAUAUUUGUAUCUCAUCGUUCAACAGUAUGCAAUAGAUAGACGAGCAGUGAAUGGCUCAGUUAGCCAGGCAGUGAAUUUGUAUUUUAUUUAAUCUGAGGCUUAUCGUAGCGUAUUAAUUUUCUCGUAUACUCGGUUCGAAUUCGUACGUAAGUUUUAAGUUUCUUAUUUUUUUAAUUAAAUCUUCUAUGCACUUAGAGAAAAAGAGAGAUAAAUAUAUCUUUUUGAGUCUCGUAUUGACCAAAACUGGUCCAGUCUUGUCCAUAUAUAUCUUUGCCACUAUGUGCCGAAACAUUCCUCUAAACAUGCUACGCAUACCUUUCAACUAUGUGGAUAUAAUUAAUGGGUAUGAGCAUUUUAGAAAUGGAAAUGCUGAUAUUUAACUUGUUCUAUGUGGUUUGAUGUUUAAGUAACUAUGCCUAGUCUUCGAAGUCCAAAUGCUGGUAACGUUUAGUUCCAUACUCGGUAUUUUCCUUUAAAAAUGCGUCGAUGGAUGUUUUGCGUCGAUUUUAGCUAGAAUUCACUGUGAUCUAAGAAAACUCUUUCUAUACGAACAAAAAACGGAUAGUCAUAGUUUUCGAGAGCUCUGACGACAAAAUUUGUAUGACCAAUUUAACGCCUUAAAUUGACGAGGAAAAAAGAGAUUCCAUUUUAUGUAAAGCGAUUAAAUCAUUUAACGUUAAAACCAAAAAA